AUGAUAGGCCCGACCGACACCCCCCCCGCCGUCGAGGAGUGCGACAGCACCGUCUCGGGCCUGUUCUUCGACGGCGCGGACUCCAUCCUCCUGACGGGCUCGGGCACCACCAGGACCGUGACGCAGGACGGCAGCCGCAUGCAGGUCGGCGGCCACUACCGGGUGUGCCUGGACUACGACGGUGACUUCGAGAGCACGAUCGGGGGCAGCAAGAUCGAGCUCACGUACGGGUGGACUGGCUUCCGGGUCUUCGUGUCCCCUGUCACCGCGGUGACCCCGCAGCGGCUGUCCCCCGCCGCGUCGCAGACCAUAGCCCUCUCCUGCGACUACGGGGGGUGCGCCACUGCGACCACGGGCUACCUGACCCGGGUGGGCUGCGACGACGCCGACUUCGACGGGGUCGUCGCCGCCAGCGGCGACCUGCGCACGGCCAGCGAGGCCAUCCUGCCUGCCGCCCCGUGGUCCCUGACGCUCGACUGCAGCUCGCUGGCCGUCGGGGGCCUCUACACGCUGUGCAUCGACACCGACGGCAUCUCCACGGACGUCGCGUUCGGCGACACCGGCUUCCAGUUCUACAUCGCAGGCACCAUGAGCCUCGUCGGGUGGACCACCGUGGCCCCCGCGGCCGCCCAGGAGGUCCUCUUCGAGUGCCCGAGCUGCUCCAACGCCACGACGUCCUACCUGUCCACGGCCUGCGACCCGACGAACUACGACGGCUCCGUGGCGGCCUCCGGGGCCGCCGGCACCGCGUCCACGCCGCUCGUCGCGGACACCGCCUCCGGCACGCUGUGGAAGCUGGCGAUCGACGCGUCUGCCCUCACGGCGGGGGCGCACUACAGCCUGUGCGUGGACCUGGACGGCGCCGGGCUCACCACGCCGUCGGGGGACGCCGACCUGAGGGUGUACGUCUCGGACGUGGAGGCCGCCGGCGACGGCGUCGUGUUCCCCGCCGCGACGCAGGCCGUCGGCCUGGCGUGUGCGGAUGGAUGCUCCGACAGCUCCCUGGCCUUCCUGGGGACCUCCUGCGACUCUGAUGCGAGUGGUGCCGUCGCUGACGGCGGGGCCGGGAGCACCGCGUCGGCCGCCCUCAGUGGCAGCGACGGCGCCUGGACAGCGACCUUCGACGCGAGCUCCCUCACUCCAGGGUCGUAUUACUUGCUGUGCGCCGACCUGGACGGGGACGGUGCGGUGUUCACGUACGGAGAGGCGCUGGAGGUGUACGUGUCCGGCGUGGCCGCCGUGACGACGGCCACCAUUUUUCUGGACGUUGCGCAGGCCGUCAGCUUGACCUGCCAGGAUUGCACCGCCCAGACUGAGGGCUACCUGGCGACGGCCUGCGACACCGCCAACCUCAACGCGAGCGUUGCGGCGGCCUUCCCGGCCCACACUGCCUCCGUGGCCCUCAGUGGCACGGCGCCCAGCUGGUCGCUGGAGGUGGAUGCCAGUGGCCUGGGCGGUGGGCGGCUCUACCGCGUGUGCGUGGACCUGGACGGCACCGCGGUGUCGCUGCGCAUGGGCCUCUCGGGGUUCCAGGUGUACGCAAGUGGCGUGCUCGGCGUCGUUGGCGGCGCCUCGGUGCAGCAGGCCGCGGCGCAGGCCGUGCUGCUCGAGUGCGCAGCCACGGGCGGGUGCCUCUCGGCGGUGUCGGCGGCUUACCUGUCCACGAGCUGCGACACGUCCCUUGCCAGCGGCUCCGUUCUCACGAGCGAUGAGAACUACACCACGAGUGCUGUCUUCGAGAACACCUCGGUAGACUUGGUGUUCCAGGUAAGCUUCAACGCGUCGAGGCUGGGCCUGGGUAGGUUCUACAGGCUCUGCGUGGACAUAGACGGCACGGGGCCUGAACCCAUGGGCGACACGCUGUUCGAGGUCUACGUGUCCCCUGUGGUGGCUGGGCACCCGCGCGGUGACGGUCCAGUGGCGGCCUUGAGGAGAGAGGCUGGCCAGAUGCUGACCAUCCAGUGUCCCAGCGGCUGCUCAAACGAGUCCGAGGGCUUUCUGGCCGACAGUUGCAGUAACUCCACGGUCACUGUCAGCAGCCCUCCCGGUGAGCUCUCAGGCGGUCCCGUCUUUUGGGAGCUGCCAGUGGACGCGUCGGGAUUGGCCGUCGGCGAGCGCUACCAACUCUGCCUGGACUUGGAUGGCGCGGCGGGGGCACAGUUCUACUCGGGCGCGUCGCUGGCACGGGGCAUCUACAUCACCGGGGUCGAAGCCACCUCGCCUCCAGCCAUCUCGAGACAGCCUGGACAGGUGGUGUCUGCGUCAUGUGCGCAGGGCUGCUCCAGCAGCUCUGUCGCCUACCUCUCGGAAAACUGCCUGAUCGGCUUUGCGACCGCCGCGACGCCCUUCGCGGCAGCUGGCGCGGAGUGGACGCUUGUUUUCGACGCCACACAGCUCACGCUGGGCAUGGUCUACCGUCUCUGCACAGACCUCGACGGAGAGGCGAACGACGCGCUGCCCGCAGGGGACUCGGGGUUGACGGUGUACAUCAGCGGCAUAUCUUCGGUGCUCGAGCGCUCGGCAGCUAUGCCAGGGGCCAGCAGCGUGGGGUUUGCGUGCGCAUCUGGUUGCUCCUGCAUUUCCACGGUGUACCUCACCACGGGAGGCGCCUGCGACGAUUGGAUCUCCAACGGGGUAUCUCCGGCGGGCGCGAACCGCACGGCCGCUGUGCCACUAAGAAAGCGCGACGGCUCCUGGUCUGCCCAGAUUCAGCUAGACGACGCGCUGCAUCCGCUUGGAGUGCGUUACCGGGUCUGCGCAGACUUGGAUGGCCACUUGUCCUCGCUCGCGUUCGGCGACACUGGCCUUACGGUGUACGCCUCGCCAAUCCUGGCCGCCCGAUCAGGGUACCGGCCUUUGCAGCGCGCCUGGUCGCUCGCGGCCAUGGAGCGGCAGCAGCUGAUCCUGACGUGCCCCGCUUGCGACGUGAACAAGACGCAGGCCUACCUGGCCGACGCCUGCAAUGCCACGGCUCCGACGGAGGCCGCCGCAAACACGACCCUGCCCGCCUCGCUCGAGCCAGGCCCCGGGGCCGACGAGUGGCAGGUCGUGCUCGACGCGACGAGCCUAGCUCCGGGCCUCCUGUACGAGGUGUGCGUGGACCUGGACGGGCAGGACGGGGACGAGUACCAGAAUGACGGCUCAGGCGUCGAGGCGUACGUGUCCCCCAUCCUCGCGCUCCGGCGCCACGCGGUGGAGCGUCGUGGCGGGCAGCAGCUGUCCGUCCACUGCUUGGCGUGCUUGCCCGCCACCACCGUGCACCUCGCGGUUCUCUGCGACGGCUCCGUGCCGGCGGGCGAGGGCCGCAGUGCGGCCGCCGCGCUGCUGCCGAGCGACUCGGCCGAUGUCUGGGACGCCGAGGUGGACGCGAGCGGACUGCGCCUCGGCGAGACGUACAGGCUCUGCGUCAACCUUCUCGGCGAGGGCUCGUUGGCGUCGCCGCUGGGCGACACUGGGCUGACUGUCUACGUCACGGCGUUGGCAGCCAUGACCGGGGGGGCGGUGAAGCAGGGCGACGGCCAGGCGCACCUGCGACUCGUGUGCUCCUCCGCGGACAGCUGCGGCUCCGAGGCGCUGGGCUACCUGGCGACCGCCUGCGACCCCGAGCGCCCCAGCGCCGCGCCGCCAGCCGUGGCGGAGACGCUGCCCGGGCUGCUGCAGACGGUCGGCGGACACCUGGAGGACCGCACGCUGAGCUUGGACACGAAUGGCCUCGACCGGGGCCGCUACUACACCCUCUGCACGGACCUGGACGGCACCGAGAUCCCCGGCGGCGGCCUGGCAGCGGGGGACUCCGGCCUCUCGGUGUACCUGUCGCCUGUGGACGCGGGUGGCCCAGAGACCAUCAUCCCGAACGGCUCGUACCUCGAGGUGCUGCUGAGGGGCUGCGACCCGACGGGCGUCGCCGUCUGCAGCAACGCCUCCACCGCGUUCCUGGCGGCGAGCUGCCGGCACCCCUUCGGCGGGGAGGCCCCGGCCGGGCAGCCGGUGGUGCUGGAUGACGCCCAGCUCCUCUGGCUGCCCAUACCCAACUCCUCCGAGCUCGACUACUUUGCGUACUACAGGCUCUGCCUGGAUGUGGACGGCGACGACGGGCCUCUCAUGGUCGGCGACACCGGCCACUCCAUCUACGUUUCGGGCCUUGCGGCGCACAGCUCGACCAUCGUGCCGUCAGUGAGCACGCAGUUCCGUGUUCCUUGCCCAGGCUGCACGUCCUCCAAUGGCAGCGAAGCAGUACUUCGUUUGGCCAUGAGCUGCGACCCCGAGAGAAGCGGGCCCUCGACGGCCGAGGGGCAGUUUGCUACAGCGUCGGCGGCGAUCAUUCUGAACGGCAGCGACUGGGUCGUGGAGCUGAACACCCUGGACCUGCGCGUGGGGGCGACGUAUCGCGCUUGCGCCGACGGGGAUGGCGGAGGCCCCCUGCACGAAGGCGACGCGGGCUGGACCGUUUACGUCUCGAACGUGGUCCUGCACACUGGCACCGUGUUCGCGGGCGCGAAGCGACGCGGGCUGGUCCUCUCUUGCGUGGAUGCCGAUGCCUGCUCGGAGUGGUCGGAGGCUCGCCUGGCCUCGACCUGUGGCAGCGGAGAAGGGGGCGACGCUGGGCGCUUCGCAACGCUGGGGCCAGACACAUGGAUUGCCUGGGUCUCCAUCCUCGGCUUGGACGCGGGAAUGUUUUACAGGCUGUGUACCGACUUGGACGGCCCUGGUGCAGACCUGCCGUUCGGUGACUCGGGCUUCCAGGCAUACAUAUCGCCCGUGAUGAGCACGUCACAGGUUUCCUUCCGCCCCCUCGGCGGCGCCAGGAGCAACUUCACGCUCACGUGUGCCAGCGGCGCGUGGUGCUCGAACAUGAGCUUUGGACUUCUCGCGGAGACGUGCGCGAACACCUCCUCCAACGCCACGCUGCCCAGUGAGUUCGAGUCGUCAGGAGGUGCUUCGACUUUCACCCUGUCGCUCGACGCAAGCGCGCUUUCGGUGGGGGCCACGUACAGGCUCUGCGUCGACGCCGACGGUCAAGGAGACGCCGCGGCGCUGGGGGACUCGGGGCACUCCGUGUUUGCUACCUCUAUCGCGGCCCUCGCGCCUGGCACAGUCGACCUCGGGUCUUCCCAGGCGGUCAACCUCGCCUGCGACGGCGCCUGCGGGGUCCAGGCGGCGUACCUGGCCGUGGCCUGCGGCGCGGCCCCGCCGCCCGAGAGCUCGGCCAGCACGGCGCCGGGGAGCUCGGCGGGCGCCGGCUCCGGGGAGAACCUGACGCUGGUGUUCGACACCUCGGGCAUCCUCCCGGGGCGCUUCCUGGCGCUCUGCGUCGACCACGGGGGCGGCUACGGCGACACGGGGCUGAGGGUCUACGUGGCCCCCGUCACGGCGGUCGCGCCGCGGCAGGUGCGGGCCGUGCCGGGCCAGGUCCUCGACUUGGCGUGCCGGAUGUGCUCGGUCUACCACGAGCGCGAGCCCGUCCGGCUCGUGGGCGCGAGCCACAGCGAGGGGCGCCUGGAGGUCUACCACGACGGCCAGUGGGGCACCGUCUGCGACGUCAAUUUCACGGACGCCUCGGCUGCGGUGGUCUGCAGGCAGCUGGGCUUCACGGGGGGAGUCGCGCUAGACAACGGCUCAGUCCCAGCCGGCAGCGGCCCGAUCUGGCUGCACGGUGUCGACUGCGCAGGCUCGGAGAGCGCGCUGAGCCAGUGCAGUCACGAAGGCUGGGGCGUCAUCGACCACCUGAGCAACGGCACCUGCAGUCACUCUGAGGACGUCGGCGUUCAGUGCAGCCCGGAGCUGGCAGAGGACGAGGCUUGCUGCAGCCAGGACACGGAGGUCUUCCUCGCCAGGGAGGACGCGGGCUGCGCCUCGCUCGUGCAGAGCGAGAGGUCACAUGCUGUGAACAUCGUGGGCGCAGGGGACGCCUGGUCCGCGGUGCUGGACGCAGCUGGCCUCGUCAUCGGCGCGCACUACGCGGUGUGCGUGGACCUGGACGGGGCGUCGGGGCCUCGCAGUGCAGGCGAGGUGGGCACCGUCUACAUCACCCCCGCUGCGGAGCGGUUCGUCGCGCCGGUGCGGCCCCGCGCGGGGCAGGCGUUGCUGGUAACCUGCGACGGUGCUUGCUCCAACGCCUCACAGGCAUACUUGGCGACAUCGUGCAGCGGCCUCGUGGCACAGACGGCGAGCUCCCGGGUGUUCUCGGCGGGCGAGGCCUGGGCUGCAGACCUGAACGCGAGCGCCCUGGAGCUCGGCGGGUACUACCUGGUCUGCCUCGACAUCGAUGGUGAUGGGCUCUCCCUCAGGCCAGGCGACUCUGGCAUGCAGGCCUACAUCCACGACGUCUCCAGCGCGGGGGCCGUGGUGUACGCACCAACGAUUGCCGGUAGCAUCAGCAGCAGUAGCAAUACCAGCAGCAGCAAUAGAAGCACGAAUCGGACAUUUGAGGUGAAUUGCCCUAGGUGCACUGAGGCCACGGAGGUGUACCUCUCUGCCGCCUGCGGCCCCUCCCAGGGGGUCUCCAGCCCGCGGGCAGCGCUGUCUGCCGGUGCCACGGCCUCGGGCUGGCUCGCGGAGGUGGACGCCAGCGCCCUGGAGGCUGGCCGCCACUACCGCCUCUGCGUGGACCCCGACGGCGGUGACGGCAAUGCCACGGGCUCGAUGCCUGCGGGCCCGACGGGGCUCGAGGUCUAUGUCUCCGGGGUGUCUGCCGCGGCGCCCGCGGGCGGCGAGAGGGUGGCACGCGCCAGGCCCGACCAGCUGCUCAGCAUGGUGUGCGGCGCGGGCUGCUUUCAGUACUCCGAGGGCUACCUUGCCGUCGCCUCGUGCGACGCGCCAGCCACCGUCCCCCAGCAGUUCGGCUGGACGGGCUCGGAGUGGACGCUCGAGCAGGACACCUCUGGCCUGCAGGCCGGCGGCAGGUACCUCCUGUGCACCGACUUGGACGGCGCUCUGGGCUACGGCCUCCGCGGCGGAGACUGCGGGAUCACUGUGUACAUCGCCGAGGUGUACCAGACCGCGCCUCUGGCAUUGCUGCCGCUGGCCAAUCAGACGCUCGAGCCACUCCUGUGCUCCGCCUGCUCCAGCGCAUCCCUGGCGUACCUCGCCGAGGAGUGCGCGAACGGCACGUCCGUGGAGCAGUUAGCCUCUCUGGGCGAGCCGAGCUCGAGCUUGUCUGCCCUCACGCCGUCCACGGGCUGGUGGCUGCUGACCCUGGACGCCGAGAACCUCACUCUGGGCGCCCACUACAGGCUCUGCGUCGACGUGGACGGGCUCAACGAGACCUUGGCUGUGGGAGACACUGGCCUCUCCACGUAUGUGUCCCCUCUGGCCGCGGUGCCCAGGCCGUUCCUCACGCAGGGCUCCGCCUCCGAUGAGCUCUGGCCGCUGCCAUGCCCGCUAGGCCCCUCCGACGCGCAGGGCUACCUGGCCACCUCGUGCGACGCCGGGCUGCCCGUCGACGGCGCCGCCCGCACCUCCUCCGCGCCGCUGCGGAGCGCCGUCGCCGGCGAGUGCGCGCUCAGCCUGGACACGUCGGGCCUGCUGCACGGGGUGCACUACAGCCUGUGCGUCGUGGCGGGCGGCGGCCUCGCCGCGGGCAGGCGGCUGGCGACGUCGCCCACGCCUGGCGACACGGGGAUCCAGGCCUUCGUCCCGCCAUUCCUGAGCAUCCAGUCCGCCCGCGGCCACAGCACCAUCCUGCGCACGGGCGCCGAGCGGGUCUCGGCGGCGUGCCCCUCGUGCAGCGCGGCAACGGAGGCGUGGCUCGCCACGGCGUGCGUGGGCCCGCCGCCGGACGGCGGCCCCGUCGCGCUGACGCCGAGCUCGAGCACGCUGCUGUGGGAGGCGGUGUUCGACGCCACUGGCCUGGAGAUCGGGCGGGAGUAUUCGAUCUGCGUGGACCUGGACGGCGCGAGCAGGGGCGGGUUCAGCCCAGGGGACACAGGCUUCUCCGUGCUCGUUGGAGCGGUCAGCUCGCUCGACGUUUCCAGCAUCAGGCCCGGCUUCACAGAGGUCGUCGUGGACUGCCCUAACUGCUCGAGCAACUCGACAGGGUACCUGGCAGCGGCCUGCGCCACGGCCAACGUGGACGUCGCCACCGCGGGCUCGCUGACCGCCGCGCGCUUCAUGUCGGGCGCCGGUCCGGCCUGGUCGCUGAUGCUGGACCUGACAGGGCUGGAGUACUGGCGCCACUACGAUCUCUGCGUGGACCUCGACGGGCCAGGACUUGAGUUCGACUCCUUCUUCAGCGGCCAGGUCGUGUUCGUCUCCGGCGUCACGGGCUUCUCGGGGGUCAACACAGUCGUGUAUGGCCCGUCGCAGCCGAUCCUGCUGGACUGCGGCACCUGCACCGCCGCCUCGCAGGCGUACCUCGCGACGUCCUGCGACGAUGCGGAGGCGAGGCUCACCGCCGAGGCCUCCCUGCUCGAGGACGGGGCGUCUUGGAAGUUGCUGGUGGACUCCAGGGAGAUCGAGCCUGGGAGGCUGUACAGCUUGUGCUUCCGGCAGUACGGGAACUGUGGGCCCGAGUACACCGCGAAUUCAACGACGACGCUGACCUCCAUCACGGAGACGUCCACCAUGUCGUCCUCUAUGACGGCUACAACCGACACGUUGUCGUCCACCACGGAGACUUCGAGCACGGAUACCUCCAGUACAACCACAACAAGCAGCGUCACGGAGAGCACCAUGACGAGCACCGCUACAAGUAGCACGGGAUCUUCGUCGGUCACAAGCACGUCUCAGACUUCUUCCAUCACGUCCGUCUCACUCACGGGCACAUCUUCGUCGGUUACGCGGUCCACCACAUCCAGGUCCACCACAUCCCCUGUCUCAGUAACGCAGACAUCGGUUUCGGCGACGAGCAGCACCGUCUCGGUAUCGACGGGGACUGGGAGCUCGACAUCCGAGUCCUCCAGCACGACCGUCACACCGACAGCCACUUCAGUCUCGGGGACGUCCACGUCUUUCAUGACCACCUCCGAGACGACCGUCUCCGAGAGCUCGCUGUCGACCGUCUCCGCGACGACUGUCUCCGGGGCGACCACCAGCGAGACGUCCACCUCGGCCUACAGUACGACUGCGACGUCCUCGAACACGGUGACGACGGGGUCCGCCACGGGGACCACGUCGACGAGCACCUCGGCCACGAGCACCACCACCGCGACGGCAUCGGGCACGAGCACGACCUUCACGGUCUCAACGUCCACAGGGACCUCUGGCACGGCGACCACCAGCUCUGCCACAACGAGCUCGCGCACCUCGAGCACCACGGGCACCCACUCGUCGACCGUCAGUACGUCCACGGCGACGUCUACGACCACCGUCACCAGCUCCACCACUGUGUCCAGCACCACUGUGUCCAGCACCUCUGCCACCAGCAGCACGACUGUGUCCUCGUCCACGGAGACUUCGACAUCCACGGUGAGCACGACGUCUGAGACGUCGACGACGACGAUCCUGAGGUUCACGUGCUACUUCAACGUAUCAGGAGUAGUGGACAGUGUGUUCUACAACGGGGUGAACGUGACCGACGAUGUGGUGAACGACCUUUCCGACUGGAACCUCAGCAGGCAGGUGCAGGUGGAGGCCGUGACGGGAGCAUAUUUUGUCGUGACGGCUCGCGACUCAGACGCGGGUGGCGACGACUGCGCAGCCGGGGGCUUCGAGGUGGUGUGCACGGACAACGCCCUGAGCCCCAACGUGUUCGUAGGCAGCGGGCCCGAGUGGGAGGCAUUCGGCUCCGUCGCGGCCGUCGACGCUGUCCACCAGGCUGGGGAGGGCGUCGGCUGGAGCGUCCCGUGCACGUCCGCACCGUCCGUCUGGCCUUUCCUGUCGCCCCUGCCUAGGAUUUGGGCCAGGGGGCGACAGUUCGCGGCCUUCCGCUGGAGGCCAUCUCAGGCUGUGUCGUGCACCUUCACUGCAGGUGCAAACGACACCAUAGACAGCGUGUAUUAUGGUGGGGAGGACUUGCUGGACUACACCACGGGGAACCUGACUGACGCAGCAAGCCCGAAGCUCAUGACCUUCGCCCUCGUGUCGGGGGCGUACCUGGCCAUUGCGGCCCGCAGUGCCGCCUCGGGCGACGACUUCUGUGGCUCGGCUGGCUUCGAGAUCACGUGCACUGGGGCGGUCAGCAUGUCCAGCAGCAGCAGCAGCAGUGGCUGGGAGGCGUACGGCUCCUCGUCUCCCGUCGACCUCUCGCACGCGGCGGGGCUGGGGCUCGGGUGGCGCGCGCCCUGCAACGCCUCGGCCUCCCAGUUGGCGAUGUGGAGCGCCGGCGGGCGGCACGCGGCCUUCCGCUGGAGGUACAACGGGAGCGUGACGUGCACCUUCGCCACCGCGGCCUCCGUCGAGGGAGUGAGGCACGGCGGGGUGGAGCUCGCGGUCUCCGCCACGGGGGCCAACGCCAGCUCGGUGACCUUCGAGCCUGUGCCCGGAGCGAGAGGGCAGCUCGAAUCGGAGAUUGCGAAACUCAAGUCGGCCAAGCUAGACGCGGGCUCGGGGGGUCUCGCCGAGGCGAUGGACGUCGACGCUGGUGGCACCGCCCGCGACUCGGGCGGCAUCGACGGGUCUAAGGUCGACGAAGUUGGAUGUCGCAAGCGUAUCAAGGAUAACGAGGAACAGGUGGUGCUUGUGGCGAAGACCACCAGCGCUGACGUGCAGCUGCGGAAGUUCGUCGGGGAGCUCAAGAAGGAGAAGGACGAGGUGCAAUCGCGCCUGCAGGCGUCGGAGCCCGUCUACGUGCAGCUUCAGGCCAUGUCGCACAGGGUCAGGUUGGGCGAAAAGCAGGUCAAUGCUAUUCGGGAGGCGGUCGAGGCCAAGCGGAGGCAGAAGGCAUCCCUUCCGGAGGAGCUGCUGGCUGGCGAGGCCGGCCUCGACACGCAGGAAAAAGAGGUGGCUGCGCUCAGUGCGCAGCUGAAGGAGCUCACGACGAAGGCUGGCGGGGCUCUUGGCAAGCCAGAGCUCGGGCCCCCCAUCGCAGGGCUCGAGGUCAACGUCGGGGCGCUGGGCAAGAUGCCGGCCUCCGACGGCGUCGGCGAGGCGUCGGCGGGGGCGGUGCAGGCGAGGCCCCCGCCCCUGCGGCAAGCGCCCCCUGAUCUGGGAGCCGUCGCCACUGAGCGGAUCGACGGGGGCUCGGCUGUGGAGCUGCGGGCCGGCCUCGUGGGCGUCUACGGUGAAGAGGGCCACGCCGAGGGCCUUGGAUAUAAUGGGCUAUGGUCUAGUGCGUUGGAGACCGCAGCUGGGGGCCGAUCCAGCGGAGUUGAUAUUGCGGUGCCCGCGCAUAUUGUGGUGAAGGCGCCGCCGAUGCUGGACAAUCCCAUCAUGGUCGACGGGCGCAUCAUCGUUGCCGACGUGGCCUGGCGAGUUCCUGGGGCCGUGGACCGAGUUGGUCUCAGCCCUGAGAAUGAGGCCAUCCUGUUGCAGUUGGCUCUUUGCUUGGCGGACCGGAACCGAGCUGGGGGCCGGCGGAUUAUGCUGAAGAUGGCAGACUUCAGGUGCUCGUGGGAUCUCCUACUCGUGCAGAUCGAGCGCGGGUUGCAGCUGGUCUACAUCGUGGACGUAUCUGGGGCAUGCGCUACCUCGGGUCGGUCUGGCCUACUGUCUAUUCGCAUAGUUCAGUGCCGGUGGCAACGCCCGCGUGAACGGCUGCAGAUUCGCGCUAAGUUAUGCGUGCUCAUGGCCGCAGCUCGCAGGGCCAAACGUGCUCAGGACACGCGUUCGCACCUCGGCAAGCUGAUUGACAUGGCCAUGUGCUGGGAGGUGAUCGAGGCUGGUCGGGAGAUGAGGCCGCGUGAGCUGGCGGAUAGAGAGUUGCAGAAGUGGACUACAGCUUGGGAGUGCCAUGGCGAGGAUGAGGUGGAGAAGCUGCUGGGUGAUCGCCCGGUUUCGGCCAUGAUCGACAUGUGGAAGUGCUUCGACACCGCUUUGGUGGCAGGGCUGUUCGUCGAGGCCAGGGACGUGAAGUUCCCGCUCGGAUUGGUGGAUGAUGUUACUCUUCAAUGGGUUGGGGCCCCGGCCUGCGAGUCCACGGCCCUGGUGCUCUCGACCAGGGGGCUCAUCCAGGAGUCCAGGCGGCUUGGUCUUGUCAUUCAGCCAACCAAGUCGGUCUUCGCUUCUACUUCGAGGGCUGCUGCUUCGGCUUUCCGGCCGUGGGCCAGGGCGAUGGGGCUCCGGCAGAAGAAGGCGGUCAGGAACCUGGGGCGCGACUUGCACGGCGGACAGGUUCAGAGGCCUGUGGCCAAGGCCAGGCUCCUGAAGUUGCAGGCGCGGCUUCCUCGCGUCAGGAUGCUGAGGAAGGCUGGUGGGCACGUGCAGGCGCCCUGGCGCACCGCUGGGCUGCUGACCUCGACGGCUCAUGGCGAGAGCGUGGCGGGCGUGCCAGACCCUGACCUGCGCGGGCCGCGUCAGCGCGAGAAGUGGUUCGACCCCAUGUUCGAGGCAACCUGCAGCAUCGUGUUCAUGUGCUGCGGGUUCGUCUGGGGCCAGAUGCUCGAGUUGGGGCGGCUGGAGAGAGCGCGGCGUGUGCUGCGUGAGCGCUGGCAGCGCGUGUGUCCCAGCUGGCAUGGCGCUCGUGGUCUUGUGGCGGCGUGCUGGCUAUCCUUGAGACGGGUGGGCUGGGGCGUGGUCAGCAGCGCGAUGAUCAAGUCAGACGAGGGAGUGGCCCUCUCGCUGAUGCAGGUCUCGCCCGUCGAGAUCAGGUACUGUGCCGCAGCCAUCAGGUGCUAUGCGCAAGUUGUGGGCGGGUGGCUUCAUGACGGCGUCGAAGAGAUAUUCUCGGAAGUUGAUCGGAUCUCCUGUUUUGUCCUCACCUCGAUUGGUGCUGCGCUCGACCUCGAGGGGACGUUCGGCCACCACCUCUACGCCUGCCCGCUGUUCCUGGAAGAGGACGUGGGCAAGGGGCUGCCGCCUCGGGAUGAGGAUCUGAAUCAGAUUCGGAAGGAGGCGGCCCUGGACCGUCUGCUCGCGGGCAAACACCUCAGGAGGUGCUUGAUUGAUCUCGCGGCGGAGAAGGCAAAGGACGAUGGCACCUUUGAGCACCAGGCCGAGCUCUGGCAGGACUCGGGCGUGGAGCCCUUCGGGUCUGGUGGCGCCGGGGCAAACUCGCUCACGGAGGCGCUCACGCAGGUGAAGGUAAGGCGGGCCAGGUUGGUGGUGAACGGAGUGGCCUCGAUCCUCUCCCUGCCCGCCAGCGCCAUGGACAGGUACACCCUCCAGGAGCUCGCGGGUGCGCGCGCGCUGCUCACCGAGAGGGGGGCGAUCGUGGAGAACGUGCCAGUCGAGGCGCCGCUGGACGGCACCCGGGUUGACGGCGUGCUGGCGGCGGCGUCGCCAGGCUGGACCAGCGAGCUGGCGCUGGACCCCUUCGGCCUGCAGGGCUCCUCCCCGGAGCGCUUCUACUGCGGCACGGGCUUCGGCAUGCUGGUCCCAACGAGCGGCACCGCCGUCGGGGCCCGCGUCGGCGCGGUGCUCGGCACGGGGCCAGCGUGCGAGGCGCCUGGAGGGGCCGAGGGCGUCGGGCUGACGGCCGCGGGCGUCGGACUCGGCUCGGGCGCGCUCGAGCCCGGCGGGCAGGCGAGUUUUGCCCCAGUGGCCCUCCACGUGGACGGCUCGCUGCUGGCCGAGGGCGAGGUCCGUCUCUCCCAGGGCUCCAGGGGCCGCGUCGAGGUCUUCCGCGCCGGCCGCUGGGGCACCAUCGCCAGCGGAGGCUUCGGCAUCCCAGACGCGCGGGUUGUGUGCCGCCAGUUGGGCCUCCACGGCGGUGCCGUGGCCUCCGCUGGCGUCGCGCAGGCGUCCGGCGGUGGGCCCGUCUGGACGGCGAGCGUGGGCUGCACGGGACACGAGAGGGCGCUGGCCGACUGCGGCUACACCGUCUCCUGCGCCGACAACUGCACUCACUCGGACGACGUGGGCGUCGAGUGCCUGGGCGGCGACGCCUUCGUGCUCACCUGGGUGGGCUGCUUUGCGGAAGACGAGCUCCGCCAGUUCGACUUCGGGCCGCACGCCUACGGCUACACCUCCGAAUCCUGCGCGGCCGCGUGCCAGGACUACCUGUACAUGGCCCUUCUGAACGGCGGGUGGUGCAGCUGUGGCAACGAGAUGGCCGCCAGCCAGGCCUACGCGCGGGUGCUGGACGCAGACUGCGGCGCAGUCUGCCCCGGGGAGGAGGCGGCCGCCCCGGCGCGGUACUGUGGAGGCACGUGGCGCAGCGCCGUCUUCUCGCUGGCGAGGGGGCUCACGCAGCUGGGCCUCCAGGCAGCGUUCUUCCUCUUCAAGCAGGCGUGCGUGUUCCCGGUUCUCGAGGGCAGGACCCCGACGCUGCAGCGCCUGGACUCGGUGAUCGACUACCCUCCGUCUGGCACCGCGUGGGCUGGGCUGGGCUUCAAGGACCACUUCGCGGUCCGCUGGGAGGGCUAUCUGCUCAUCGCCGCGGCCGGGGCUUACUCCCUCCAGCUGGACUCCAACGACGGCGGCCGCCUGCUGCUGGACCACGCCCUCCUCGUGGACAACGCGGGCUGCAGGGGGGGCAUGGAGAGCGCGACCGUCGCCGUCAACCUGACGGCGGGCUACCACCACCUGGCUGUGAACUUCUUCGAGAACACGUGGGAGGCAGGCGUGUCCCUGCGCUACUCAGGGCCGGACACCGGCGGCGCCCUCACCGUGGUCCCGGCCGCCGCGCUGCGCAGCCUGACGGGCCUGCGCGCCCAGGGCCUGCGGGCGGACUUCUGGCUGCGGCCGCAGAGCUGCGAGUUCGACGACGCCGUGUGGGGCCUCCCUCCCGACCUGUCGCAGCUGCACGGGACGGUGAACUUCCUGGAGCUCAAUUUGUCGUCUUGGAUGGGAGUGCCUGCGGGUGAAGACUUUGCCGUUCAGUGGGCGGGGUAUUUGAUGGUCACUUCCAACGGGUCGUACUCCUUUGUCCUCGAGUCGAUGGACAUCAGUGCACUCUAUGUCGAUGGCCUGUUGCUCGCCAGCAAGACUGCAACUACAGCUUAUGCGCUGUCGGCUGAUCAAGCCUUCUGUUCCAACAACCAGCUCGUCGCCCAGUCCCUCUCCGCCAUGACUGCAGAUGAUUGCGGGGCACUGGCUCUGACCACGAGCGGGUGCAACGCCAGGUUCGUGAUCCUGUCCGCCGACCUCAAGGGCUGCUGGUGCGCGGCUGCGGGGGACGGGUGCCAGUCCCGGAGCGACCACGUCGAGUUCGCAAUCUACGCAGCUAGCAGCUGCGUUGUUGCCGCCGAGCCCGGCAACGCCACAGUGGAGCUGGCGGCUGGGCUGCACUCCCUCCGCGUGCAGUACUCGGCGCACGCGCAGGGCCAGCCUGGCGUGGCGCUGCGCUACUCGGGCCCGGACACGGGGUUCGCGGAGGUGCUCGUGCCGGAGAGCGUGCUGAGCAGCCCAGCGAGCGACCCGCAGCCCGGGCUCAGGGCCGUCUUUUUUGCCGGAGCCGCCAGUGGCUGCUGGUUUCCCGAUCUCAGCGAGCUCGUUCCCACGGCGACCCGCGUGGACUAUUCGGUGAACUACACCAGCAACGCCAGCUGGGAGGGCCUUGGCCUUGUGGAGUAUUCGGUGAACACCACCAACGCCAGCUGGCAGGGCCUGGGCCCGUUCGCGGCCCGCUGGACGGGCUUCGUGCAGAUCACACUUGCGGGGCUCUACAGCUUCCAGGUGGAGUCCGCCGACAGUAGCCGCCUGCUCAUCGACAGUGCACUCUUGCUCGAGCAGAGCGGGUGCAACGGCACAGUGACGGGCGACGCUUCGGUGGAGCUCGCUCCAGGCUUCCACCGCCUCGAUUUGGAGCACUUCUCGUUGGCUGGGGAGGCCAUCCUCGCCCUCAUCUACAGCGGGCCCGACACGGGCUUCUCGGCAUUGGCCGUGCCUUCCGAGGCCUUGUUCCGAGCGCCAGACACGAUGCCAUCGGAUGGUGACUUGCGCCUCACCGAUGGGGCUUGGGGCCGGCUUGAGAUAUUCCAUGACUUCAAGUGGGGAACCGUGUGCGAUGACGGGUUCGGUGACAAGGAAGCGCAGGUGGUCUGUGUCCAGCUGGGCUAUGGCUUCGGGCAGGGCGUUUUCCUGGGCAACGCUGUGCCAGACGGUGCUGGUUCCAUUUGGAUGGACGGAGUGAUGUGCACAGGCAACGAGACCAGGUUGGACGAGUGUGCGUUCGAUGGUUGGGGAGUGAACGACUGUGCCCAUUCCGAGGACGUGGCGAUCGACUGCGCCGCUGCUUCGGUGGUACCGCCAGAGGGGUCCCUGAGGCUCUCGGGUGGGAGCAGGGGCCUGUUGGAGAUAUACCACGACGGCGCCUGGGGCACGGUCUGUUCAGGAGGGUUCGAGGCCGCAGAGGCGCAGGUGGCGUGCCGCCAGCUCGGCCACUGCUGCGGCGUGGUCCUAGACGGUCCCGUGCCGGCUGGAGUUGGACCCGUCUGGGUGUCCAGCUUGGCUUGCAAUGGCUACGAGGCCAGACUGGACGAGUGCGCGCACAGCGGCUGGGGCAAUCAUACCUGCAGCCACCUGCAGAACGUCGGCGUUGAGUGUUUGGAGGGGUCGGACUGCGCAUUCCUCGGCGGCGCGCUGUAUUCACCAGGCGACACUGGCCUGCGGGUGUACGUGUCCGGCGUGACGUCCGUCAGCCCACUUGUCUUGCAGCCUCAGGCGGUCAACGCCACGAACGGCACAAACGCCACCGCGGGGCGCAGGUUCGUGUAUGGGCCACAGCUGCUGAGCUUGACGUGUCGGGCGGGCUGUGCGACCUCCUCGACCGCGUUCCUGGCGACCAGCUGCGAGGCCGAACUGCCCGUGGGGGAGUUGCGCUCGGAGAGCGUCUUCUUGCAGCAGGGCCACGUGCAGAACUCCUGGAGCGUCGCGGUUGAUGUGGAGGGGCUGCUGCCAGGAAGGUACUUCAGGCUCUGCCUCGACGCCGACGGAGACGCAGGCGAGCUGCCCGUCGGCGACACUGGCUUUGACGUCUACCUGCAGGGCAUGUUUCUGCACUCGAGCGUGUUGCUGAGGCACCCCGAGCAGCUGCUGGAGGCCAUCUGCAUCGACGACUGUGCGAACUCCUCCCUUGAGGUCUUCCUGCGCACCGACGCGACCAGCUGCGGCGAGCAGGGGCUGCUCGCAGACCUCCCGCCGGUGAAGCGGACCCACCGCGCCUCCGUUGCGAACAGCACCUCGAAGGACACCUUCCGCUUCCUCGUGGACCUCUCGGGGCUGCGGCCUGGCAUCCAUGCCGCGCUGUGCGAGGACUUCGACGCCGACUCUGGCAACGGCCGCGCGGGCCCCUCCGCGGGCGGAGUGGUGUACGUCGCGGCCGGCACGGUGCUGACGUCUGGCACCAUCCAGCGCCAGCCCCUGCAGGCCAUCGAGCUCCACUGCGCCGCCGGCUGCUCCGCCGCCGCGCACGGCUUCCUGGCCACGGACUGCGACGCCCCGGCGCCGGGGCGCCGCACGGACGCCGCGCGCCUGCGCGGCUCGGCGCCGCUGUUCCACCUGCUGCUCGACGCCAGCCCGCUCGAGGCGGGCGUCCGCUACAGGCUCUGCGUGGACCUUGACGGGCCCGACGGCGGGGAGCUGCGCGCCGGGCCGGCCGUUGGCACGGGGCCCUUCGUGGCCGGCGUGGAGGCCCUGCUGACGCCCGCUCUGGUGCCCGCGGCGGCCAGCGAGCUGCACCUCCUCUGCGCCGCCGACUGCCGCGGCUACGUCGGCGGCGCCUCGGCCGUCUUCCUCUCGGCUGGGCGAUGCGAGGAGGCGCCGCAGCAGCCGAACGAGUCCGCCACUGGGCUCGCGGCUCUGUUCGGGGCCGCGCCCGCCUGGUCCGCGCAGGUGGACGCGGGGGGCCUCGCCCUUGGUGCCCGCUACAGGCUCUGCGUAGACCUCGAUGGCGCGGGUACCGAGCUCUCGCCCGGGGACUCCGGCUUCACGGUGUACGCCACCGGCAUUUUGCAGGUGGCCUCUGGCUCGGCCGUCCUCGCAGCCGACGCCCAGGAGGUGGCGCUCGACUGCGUCGCGGGCGGCUGCUCCGAACAGCUGGAAGUCUUCCUGUCGACCGACUGCGAGGGGAGCGCCGGCGUCGACUCUCCGACGGUAGGCACUGCUGCUGUCCAACUGCAGGCCACGGCCAACGCCACGCGCUGGACAGCCACCGUCAACGCCUCUCUGCUGGAGCCAGGUGUGCACUACAGCGUCUGUGCUGAUCGCGACGGCCUCGACGCCGGGAACUUCUCGGCGGGCGACACGGGCCUCUCCGUCUUUGUGUCGCCGCUGGGCACGGCCCUCCCGGCACAGGCCGUCGUCCGGGCCCUUCCUGGGCAGAGCGUCCCGAUCGAGUGCACGCCCCACGCUGGCUACGGCUCCCCCGCCGAGUGCCACGCCUCCGCUGACGCCUCGGAAGGCUUCCUGCUUGGGCCCGGCGCGGGGCCAUGCGACGCCGCCGACGUCUGGGCGCGUGCAACGCCGCUGGCGCCCCUCGCGGCGUGGCCCCACGGCUCGCAGUGGCUGGAGUGGGAGCCCGUGGGUGCCCACUGGCUGUCGCUACUGGUCGACGCGAGCUCGCUGGAGAUCGGCCAGCACUACGCGCUGUGCGUCGACGUUGACGGCGACGGCUCGCCGGUCCUCCGGCCUGGGGACUCGCUGCUCGACGUGUACGUGUCGCCCUUCGAGGAGGCGGCCAUGACCGUCCGCACCGAGGAAGACCAGGAGCUGCUGGUCCGCUGCGCGGCGGGCGAGUGCGCUGAAGCGGUCUCUGGCAACAUCACUGGCGCUUUCUUGUGCGAGGACUGCGGCUGCAGUCAGCGGGCUGCGGACGCGGUGAACGUCUCCGCGGUGGACGCGAGCACCGUGCGCUUCGUGUUCAACGCCAGCGGACUGACGCCCGGCGUGCACUACCGCCUCUGCACGGACUUUGGCGGCGCAUCCUCUGAGGAUCUGCGCCCUGGCGACUCUGGCGUGUCGGCGUACGCAUCCAGCAUCGCCGACGCCCGCGCCGUGGACGCCCCCGUCCCCGCCGGAGGGCUCAGCCUCCACCUGCGGCCGGGCCAGUCGCUGGCGCUGUGGUGCCCGCAGGGGUGCAGCGCUGCCUCGCAGGCCUUCCUGUGCGAGCCCUCCGCGCUGCCGGGAUCGGGGCUCGUCCCCGCCUCGGCGCGGGUUCGGGCACUGACGCCCGCGGCGGAGCUCGCCGCCGCGGGCCCGGAGUGGACCGUGGAGGUGCAGACGGCGGGCCUGCAGAGCGGCGCCCACUACAGGCUGUGCGUGGACCUCGACGGGGCUGGCUCGUGGACGUACGCGGCGGGGGACACAGGGCUCCUGGUGUACGCGUCGGGCAUCAGCCCCGCCGUCGCGCCCUCCAUCCUGCCGCAGGGGGCGCAGACCGUCGCCUUCGCCUGCUCGGGGGGCUGCAGCGCCCAGUCCCAGGCGUUCCUGGCAUCGGAGUGCCGCGCGGACCGCGCAGGCACGCCGCCGGCCUUCUUCGUCCGCGCCGACCUCGCGCACGCGGGCGCCUGGCAGGUCUCCGUCGACGCCGGCGGCCUCGUGGCCGGGCGGUACUACCACCUGUGCGUCGACUUGGACAGCCUCUCGGAGGACUCGGCCGCCCCGGGCUUCUCCGGCGUGGUCGUGUACGUUUCGGGGCUCCUCGCCUUGCAUCCAGGCACCGUGGGCGCGGAGGGAGCGCAGGCCGUCUCGCUGGCGUGCGCUCAGGGCCAUCGCUGCGGGGGCGCGGUCGAGGUGCGCCUGGCCGCAGUGAGCUGCCUGGACCCCGCGCCCGUGGCCACGGGGCCCACUGGGACCCCGCUGCUGCCGCUGCUCGGGGAGGGCCCGAGCGCCACGUGGGCGUUCAACGCCACCGGCCUCGCGGCAGGCUACCACUACAAGAUGUGCACCCGGGCGAACGACACGCUGGAAGAGUCGUCUGGAGCUGCAGCUCUGGAGGUCGGCGACGUCAACCUCGAGCUGUUCGUGUCGCCCGCGGUAGCGCUGGAUCCAGUGAUGUUGCUGCCCGCGGAGUCGCAACAGCUGACGGUCGUUUGUGCUACUGGCUGGUGCUCUGCCGCGACCGAGGGCGAUCUGGCGCUGUCUUGCGAUGGUCCCCGGCUCGCGAUGGGCGCGCCGGAGCAGACUGCGCCCUCGCUGUUUGAGAUCGGGACAGGCACCGACGUCUGGACGCUGUCCCUCGACACGGGUGCCCUGGUGCCUGGCAAGUACUACAGGCUUUGCGUCGACAUCGAUGGCUCAGGCCUCUACGAUCCAGGCAGUACUAUCACUAGCACGACGCAGACGCUUACCUCGACAACGGAUUCUUCAUCGAGUUCAGCGACGGCCACCACGGCGUCCUCGGUGACCCAGACUUCCGCGUCCACUGACACCAGCUCGACCACCCAGCACAGCACGACGGCGACCAGCUCGAGUGCCGCUUCGAGUACCGCCACUUUGACCUCUGCGACUCCGACCAGCACUGAGACAAGCAGCACCUGGACAAAGACCUCAUCCUCAGAGAGCAGCACCAGCACGAACACUGUGACGAGCAGCAGCGCUACGAGCAGCAGCGCCACGAGCAGUACUGCCACCAGCAGCAGUGCGACGAGUACUGUGACGAGCACGACUGAGAGCCUGACGAGUUUGACGGGGAGCAGCUCCGAAACGAGCACCACGACUGCGUCGGCGACCGCUACUGCGACGUCGAGCACCACGGGGACGACGACGGCGACCAGCGGCACGCAGACGAGUACCACAACCCAGCUGCUCGAGUUGCGGCGAGGAGAUACAGGACUCCAGGUCUACGUAUCCGCGAUCGUCCCCGCCGCACCGCAGGCCGUGCUGCCAGGCGCCGCAGAGCCCGUUGCGCUCGAGUGCUGGGCUGGCGCGAUCUGCUCGACGGCGUCGGAGGUCUACCUCGCGGAGGUCUGCAACGCCUCGGCGGAGGGUGAGCCCUUCGCCGCCGUCUUGGUGGCCGAGGGGUCCACGACGGCGUGGACCGCCACUGUGAACACCAGCGGUCUCCAGGCGGGCACACACUACCGGAUCUGCAUGGACGCGGACGGGCCUGGGCCGAUUCAGGCGGGGGACACAGGGCUCCAGGCGUAUGUCAGCGGGGUCAUCCGCACCACGCCCAGCCACGCGCCCAUCACGCCUUCGCUCCUGCUGGAGAUCGCCUGCGUGCCCGGCACGUGCCCUGAAGGCUCACUUGCCUGGCUCAGCUAUGGGGGCUGCGACAACGCCAGCAACGGGUCCGGGCCAGCUCAGACUGCAAAAGUCAGCUUCCCCGCUCCGCAUUCGGCGAACGACAGCGUCGACCUGGUCGCCUUGGAGCUUAACACGUCAGCCAUGCAGCCUGGUUACCGCGCACACCUCUGCACGGACCUGGAUGGACACGAAGGUCCGCAGCUUCCCGGCAGCGCCGCCCCGAGGGUCUACGUAUCGCCAGUGCUCGCAGUUCCUGCGCCUUGGGCCAGCGCGUCAUCGCCAGUGGGCGUGCUGUGCUCUCAAGGGUCGUGCGACGACGCUGCCCAGGCGCACCUGGCCAUCGACUGCGCGUUGGUCCCUCCCUCGGGCGCGGGCGCGCCGAUGCCGCCGUCGCUCCUCGUGGGGUAUGGCAGCGGCCUGUUCCUGCUUGAGGUGCCGAUGGGCCUGCUAGUGCCUGGCGCCCACUACCGUCUGUGCGUCGAUGCAGACGGGCCCGGCCCAGCCCCCGUGGGCGACGCGGGCUGGUACGUCUACGCUUCGCCAGUGGCGUUGGCGAGGAGCUCCCCAGUGGUGCUGCCCGCCGCCUCGCAGCGGCUGCUGCUCACCUGCGGCCAAGAGGGCUGCCCACAAGGCGCGUAUGGCUUUCUGUGCGCGCCAGGGCAGCCGCAGCAGCCCUCGAUCCAGCCGCAAGCUUGUGGCAGUGGCGCCGCUGCCAGCUGCACGGCGCCCCAGCCCCUGCAGCUGGAGGCCCAGGGUCUGGCCACCGCUGGCGCGGACGCCGCGGGGCUGACUCCUGGCCGCAGGUAUUUCCUCUGCAUCGACGGCGACGGGGACAGCACCGCACUGACACCUGGCCCUGCUGGCUUGGCCUUCGUGUCCCCUGUCGACGCCGUGAACUCCAGCUGGCUGCCUGUCGGAGGCGUGCGCACGCUGUGGCUCCACUGCGACGCCUGCCAGGUUGGCAGCGAGGUCUUCCUCAGCGAGGCGGAGGCGGACUGCGACGCGCAGGGCUUCACGAACAUCUCGGUAUACGCGCUCCUCGAGGGCGGCGAGGGCGGGUGGUGGAGCGCCAGUGUCGACCUCACCACCAGCGACGCGGGGCACUUCCACGAGCUCUGCAUAGUCCACAACGAGACGGGACCGAGCGGCUUCGCACUGCACCUGGGGCCCAACGCCUCCGUCGAGCAGACCAUGGUGCGGCGGACAACGGCACAGACCAUAACUCUCGACUGCGGAGCCGGAUGCAGUGCCCUCACCGCCAGCUACUUGGCAACAUCCUGCUCGUCCUGGGACGCGGUCACUGGUGCCGCCAGCGAGCUCGGGAGCUGGCACGUGCGUGCCCACGGCCUGUCGCAGGGCGCGGGCUCGGCGGAGCUGCAGUUCGACAUGAGCGCCGCUCCUGCAGGCAAGCACGUGGUCUUGUGCACAGGUGUAGGCAAUCUCACCCAGCAGGCGGGCGACACGGGCCUCUCUCUGUUCGUGUCGCCCCUGGCCGCGGCGGGGCCGCUGGUGCUGCGCCCGCUGCCGCUUCAGAGGCUCGUCGUGGUCUGCCCCGCGGGCUGCUCCGCCGCAGCCGAGGUGGGCCUCGCAGAGAGCUGCGGGGACGAGCCCAACACCACCCGCGCCACGGCGCGCGUCGCGCUGCUGCCCGGCGUUGCGCCCCUGUGGGCCGCGGAGCUCGACGCGCGGGAUCUCUCGGCAGGCGUGCACUACCGCCUGUGCAUCGAUCUCGACGGGCCUGGGGAGGCCUACGCAGACGGCGACAGCGGGCUCCAGGCGUACGUUUCCGCCGUGCCCGCGCUUGGGCAGGCGGCGGUGCCCAUCGCUGCCGAGGCGGUGCUCGGAGUCGUGUGCUCCGCAGGUGGCUGCUCGAAUGAGUCCGAGGGCCUGCUUGCCGAGUCCUGCUUGUCUGCGGCCGUGGUCAAUCAGAUGGUGCUGCAGGCCAACGCGACCGCCAACGAGACGUGGAACUUGACCGACAAUGCCACGGACAACGCCACGGGUAACGCCUCAGAGUUCGCAGCGCAGUCCCGCUGCCCGAACGCGGUUGCGCAGCAGACCUCGGCUGCGCUGUUCGGGGGAGAUGGCGCGGACGGCGGGUACCUGCUGACCUUGGAUACCAGGUGUCUGCAGCCGGGAGCAUACUUCCGAUUCUGCACCGACCUGGACGGGUCCGCCUCGAGCGCUCUGUCGCUGGGCGAGGCGGACUACGAGGUGUACGUCAGCGGCAUCGUCGAGGUGGUCGGUGCCCCCGCGCUUCCCGCGCUGGGCAGCCAGACGCUGAACUUGCUGUGCGCGGGCGGUUGCUCCACGGACUCCCUCGUGUACCUGGCCACCGCGUGCGACACCCGCAGCGGUGCUGCCCCGCCGGCGGGGGAGUUCGGGAAGCGCACCUCCGCAGGCCUGCUGUCGCCUGUCGCGGCCGAGCCUGGAGGCUCUGGCCGCUGGGCCGCGGCGCUGGCCGUGGGAGGGCUCCGCCGCGGGGUGUGGUACAGGCUCUGCGCCGACCUCGACGGGGCGGGCCCAAGUGAUCUGCGCGCUGGCGACACUGGGCUCACGGUGUUCGCCUCCGGUGUCGUCCAGAUUGAUCCGCCCUUCCUGCUGGCAUACCCUGGCCAAGCUCUCGCCCUGACCUGCAGCGGAGGCUGCAGCGAGGACUCUGAGGGCUAUGUGGCGGCCACGUGCGAUGGUGCGGAAGGCUCCCUGGCGAGUCCCUUUGUGCGCGUGCCCGUGCACCCCAGCGCGACGGGCACCAAGUGGCAGUUGACGGUGGAUGCAUCCGCGCUGCAGCCGGGCGGGGGGGCGCGACUGUGCACCGACCUCGCCGGGAACGCGACUGGAAACGCGAGUGGGAACACGAGCGCAGCUUCAGUGGGCGACGCUGGCUUAACGCUGUACAUCACCCCAGUGCUCGAAGCGGUCGUGCAGGGCGCCCCAGAGGUGCACGUGGCGUGCGGCCUCGGCGCUGGCUGCUCGGUGCUGUCCGCGGCGUGGCUGGCGGAGAGCUGCGAGGACUCCGGCGCGGCUGCCGCGCAAGGCUUCUCCGCCACCGCCGCGGGCGCAGAGGCUGCGGUCUGGACGCAGCGCAGGGCGCUGGGCGGCGAUGACUUGCGGGCCUCGGAGGCCUGGACGCUGGCCGCGCCAGGGCUGGAGCUGGGGCAGCACUACAGGCUCUGCCUCGACGUGGACGGCCACCUGCUUCCGCUGCCCCUCGGCACCGCGCGGGGCGUCUAUGCCUCAGCCGUGGUGGCGCUGCGGACCCUGGGGAUCGGGCGCGGCCCCGCGGAGUCGGUUUCCUUCACCUGCGCCAACGAGUCUGGGUGCUCGACGAGCUCGGCGGGCUACCUCGCCACGACGUGCGGCAGCUCCGCCAGCCUGCCGAUUCCCUUCGCCCUCGUCGAUGCCGAGGCCCAGGCGUUCGCGCUCGAGGGCAUCGACGCUGGCGAUCUGCUGCCCGGGGCGCACUACCGGCUUUGUACCGACCUGGACGGCAGCUCCUCCCCGUCGCUGGUAGCAGGCGACACGCUACUCAGCGUGUACGUUAGCGGAGUGUCGCGCGCCUUGCCCACCGCCACCCUGCAGGCCGGCGCGACAGGGUCGCUGGUGGUAUCUGACGGGACGGUGGCACGGCCGCAUUGCAUCAGCUCGUCCACGCCAUGCUUCUGGGACAUUCCCACGAAGGCAGAGUGCGCGAGUCAGCUGUGCAAGAGUGCCGGCUACCUUGGUGGCUCGUUCGUGUCGGCGAGCAACGACAUGUGCAGCCAAUCCUUCACAACGGAGAGCUACUACUACUGGGACACGUCCCAGAAGGAGUACGGUUACGGGGACAGGGCUUCGGAGGCUCAGGUGGUUGCGAGGUGCGAGGUGAGCAGCACGGCCACGUUCGCGCUCGAGUGCGCAGAAGGUUGCUCGGAGGCCUCAGAAGGCUUCCUCGCCACCGACUGCUACGCCGCCGCCCUGGCGCUCAUGGAGACCACCCAGAACGGUUCCAACUCGUCGGAGGAGAACCUCGAGAACGGCUCCAAUUCAUCCAACGAGACAUAUAACGUCUCACAAGCGCGCAGACUGGCGGCCCCGCGCCGCCUGGCGACGCGGGAGGGCCGCCUGCUGAACUGGGUGGGCUGCUUCGUCGACGACUCCAGCCACGACCUCGACAGCGGGCCGCAGUCCAGCGGGUACAACACGGAGCUGUGCGCGGACGCGUGCUUCGGCUACGGCUUCAUGGCCCUGCAGGACGACGGGUGGUGCAGUUGUGGCGACAGCUACUCCACGGAGGUGCAGUACGAGCCAGUCGCGGACGACGAGUGCGGAAGCGUCUGCUCUGACGAGGAGAGCCUGGCGCCCACGCGGUACUGCGGCACCACAAGCCGGAACGCCAUUUACUCUUUGGACUAUUCGCAUUGGGGUAGGAUUUAUGUGACCGACUACGACCAGGGCACGAUCAUGAGGGCAAAUCCAGACGGAAGCGCGUUGGAGACACUGGUCGAUAUCUCGGGGGUCAACCCGGCCGGGAUCGACGUGGACACCGUUGCAGGCAAGGUGUACUGGGUUUCAGAGGUCUCCGACAGCGUGCAGAGGGCCAAUUUGGACGGGUCGGAGCUAGAGACGGUGGUGGACGGGCUCCCAGGUGGAGUCUUUGGCGUCGUCUCGCUGGACGUCGCCGCCGAGACGCUCUACAUCACGAGCUCCGGCGCCCGCAAGAUCCAGCGCGUGGGCCUGGACGGCUCGGGCCUCGAGGACGUCUACGCCUGCGCGAGCUGCGUGCCGCAGGGUGUCCUCGCCGUGCCGGAGGCGGGCAAGCUGUACUGGACGACGGGGGCCCCGCCCGAGAGCCCGGGCCCGGGCUACAUACAGCGGGCGAACCUGAACGGCACCUCGGUGGAGACCCUGGGCAUCGGUGGGCUCUCCACGCCGAUCGGGCUCGCGGCCGACUACGCGGGCGACCUGCUCUACUGGGCGGAGAACAGCGGCAAGGUCCAGCGCUCCUCGCUCAACGGCUCCUCCGUGGAGGACCUCCUCGUCCUCGGGGGCGAGACCCCGGUCGGGAUCGACAUCGACGUCGGCACCCAGAAGCUCUACUACGUCGGAGGCGCGUACGACACCGUGUACAGGGUGGAGACGAGCGGCCUGUCGGACACGCCGCUGAUCACCUCGGGCCUCAGCUUCCCGUGGGGCAUCGCCGCCGACAUCCGCGAGCGGGUGGCGGAGGGGCAGUUGCGCCUCGCGGGCGGCGAGUCCGUCUUCGCGGGCCUGCGUGGGCGCGUGGAGGUGUUCCAGGACAAGCGGUGGGGCACCGUCUGCAGCUCCGUGGGCUGGACCGACCUCGAGGCGCAGGUCGUGUGCGGCCAGCUCGGCUUCCUCGGUGGCGCUGCUCUGGGCCCAGGCAGCGUCCCCAACGGCUCGGGCCCCAUCUGGCUGGCCAACUUCUCCUGCGGGGGCAACGAGACGAGUCUGGCCGCGUGCGGGCAGUUGGGCCUGGACGGCCACGACUGCAGCCACGCAGACGACGUGGCUGUCGUCUGCGAGGACGACCCCAUGCAGAUAGAUUGGAUAGGCUGCUACGCACAGCUCGGCUUCGGCGACCGCAUCUACGGCUACGGAUACAACUCGUUCACCUGUGGCCAGGCGUGCUUCGUGUGGAACAACUACGAGCGCAACACCAACGUCUCGUACUUUUCCCUCGAGGACGGCGGUAGGUGCACGUGCGGUGGCGCCACCGCCAGCAACACCACCGUCGCCCUGAGCGACUCCGAGUGCGGCGCCGUCUGCCCCGGUGACGGCGGCCUCCUGCCGGUGCGCUACUGCGGCGGCUACUUCCGCUCCGCCGUCUACCGGGUGGCGCGCGCCGCUCCCACCACGACGACGACCACCACCUCGACCACGACCAGCACCACGACCACACCAGCUUCUACGAGCACCGUGACAGCCACUGAGACGAGCACCGUGACGUCGUCGACAAUCACGGCCACUACGAAGACUACAACGACUACCAGCACGACGACGUCUUCCUCGACUACCACCUCAACGAGCUCUACAACCACGACCACGACGACUUCCAUCACAACGACUACGACGACGACCUCUACGACGACGCCGAUUCCGCUGGUGUCGUGGCUUGCCGAAAGGUUCCCCAAAGAAACUUCAGAGAUAGAAUGCCAGUUCGUGCUGCUCGGAGAGGUGGACUCUGUGUUCUACGAUGGCAAGAACAUCACCGACAACGUGUCGGGCGACCUGCGGAACGGAAGCGAUGUGAAGGGGGUAUUCCUCUACCCGGUGCCCGGGGCCAUGCUCGUGGUCUCGGGCCAUGUCGAGAACGGCACGGACGCGUGCGACACCGGCGGGUUCUACGUCGCGUGCGAGGGGAACCUGACGGACGCCAGCGUGCUGGAGGCCUAUGGCUCCCCGUACCCCGUGGACCCCCUCCGGAGGUCUGGCGCGGGCGGCUCCUGGUCUCCGCCGUGCGCGGCCGGGGGGGGCGGAGCUGCUCCGGCGGAGCUGCCCGGCACCACGCGGAGCCCCUGGGCGUGGGCGCCGGCCGCCAGGUACGCAGCCUUUCGCGCAGAGAUCUUCAAGACCGUCGCGUGCGAGUUUUCGUCGAACUACGCGGUGGACAGCGUGUUCUACGACGGCCAGAACAUCUCGCACCUCGUCUCGGGGAAUUUCACGGAGCCAGCUGGCGCCAAGCGCUUCUCGUUCGAGGUCGUCUCUGGCGCGCGCCUGUCCAUCUCGGCUCACGUCGAGUACAACGGGAGCGACAUGUGCGACAACGCCGCCUUCAAGAUUUUGUGCAGCAAUGGCUUGGUGGCACAUGACAGCCGGUGGGAGGCCUUCAGCUCGGACGCGCCUGUCGACGACGAGCACGCCGCCGGCAGCGGGCGGGGGUGGUCGGUGCCGUGCGACGCCGUAAUCGCCAGCCGCGACGCGUCCUGGCUCGUGGCCGGUGGGCUGCCCGCGAUCUGGUCGUCGAGCGGAGGGAGGUAUGCGGCGUUCCGCUGGGCCACCAGUGAGGUUGUGGAGUGCAGCUUCGUGAUGGACGGCAACGUGAGCCGCCUCUACUACGGGGGUCGUGACAUCACGCACCGCGUCAGCGGCGACCUGGACGACGGUGGCGCCGUGAAGCAGGUGGCGUUCAGCCGGGUCCCCGGGGCGUACCUUGUGGUGUCCGGCUCCAACGCCAACGCAACAGGGGACCCCUGCAACUCCACAGGCUUCGAAGCGCAGUGCGGUAGUGCUACAUGGAGCGGCGGCGACUGGGAGUUCUACGGGUCGCCUGACCCCCUGGGCUACGCCGUGAGAUCAGGCGACGGCGACGCGUGGCACGCCCCGUGCUCUUCGGCCGCGGCGAUGUUGUCCAACGGCUCUGGUGAGCUGGAGCGCCUGUGGUCGGGAAGCCAGCACGCGGCGUUCCGAUGGCAUGAUCAAGGCUCGUGGCGUCUCGCGUUGCGGUCCGAGGUGGAGAGGCAGGCUGGUGGCGGCGCGUUCGCGUACGCGUCCCCUGUUUGGAGCGACCCUUUGCACGCGCCCUUCGGGAUCGACGACGAUGACAAUCCCGUGGAUGUUCUCACGGAGGCCUUCAAUGAAUUGAAGGUGGUGCGCGUGCUGGUCGAGAUCAACGGCGUCCGGGUGACGUUCUCCCUGCCGCCGAGAUGGCAGGGCGCCUACAGCCUGCGCGAGCUCGCGUCGGCGCGUUCAGCCACGGCCAUGCAGGGCCUGGUGAAGCGCUUCGAGCCCGCCGCGCCCCCGACCAGCAGCGCGGGCCUGCCGACGGGGCUCCCUACCGGGCGCGCGCCCGGAUGGUCCAGCGGGGCCGAGGUAGACGCGUUCGGGCUGCUGGGCGACAGCCAGAACCGGCUGUACUGCGGCGCGGGCUUCGACGUGAGGAGGCCCGGCGCGGCCAAGCUGCCGCGCGCGAGGCUCGGGAGCCUGCUGGACCAGGCCGCGUCCUGCGAGUACGCGGCCGGCGCGGAGGGCAUUGGCCUCUUCGACAUGGAAGGCUCGGCAACAUCUGGCCACGUGGACUUCCGGGGUGGCCACACGUUUGCUGCGGGAGCCGUUUACGUCGGCGGGGUGCCUCGGGCGGACGGCGAGCUGCGGCUCACAGACGGCGCCUCGGGCAGGCUAGAGGUAUUCUACGACGGCACGUGGGGCACGGUUUGCGGCACCGAUUUCGACGACGUCGACGCCCUGGUAGCGUGCCGCCAGCUCGGCUUCCUUGGUGGCGAGGCUUUGGGGGCGUACGAAGGUGGUGGCCCAGCGCCAGGCCUCGGCAACAUCUGGCUGGACGGCCUCGGCUGCUAUGGCCAUGAGGCCACUGUCGGCCAAUGCGGCCAUCAGGCCUGGGGCGCACACAACUGCACGCAUGCGCAGGACGUCGCCGUGCGCUGCUUCGAGGACGGCGCGGAUGAGGAGGUCUGGUGGACUGGCUGCUUCGCAGACGCCUCAUCUCGCAACUUCGUUGCGGGCCCGCAGGUCCACGGCUACGGCACGGUGUCUUGCGCUAGGUCGUGCCGCGGCUUCAAGUACAUGGCGCUGCGCAACGGCGGUGUGUGCACCUGCGGGGACAGCUUUGGCGGCGCCCCGCAGUAUUAUGAGGUCGCGGCCAGCGAGUGCGGAGACGCCUGCCUGGGCGAAGGAUCCCUGUCUCCGACCCGCUACUGCGGCGGGGUGUACAGGAACGCCGUGUAUCUCCUGCAGGAGGAGCUUCCCACCACCACCACCACCGCUACCACCACUACGACCCGCCGGGACUUCCAGUACACGCGGUCGGGCGCGUUCCUGGCCACGGAGGACCCCAACGAGUGGCUGCUGGCCGUGGACUCGGGAGAGCUGGACCCUGGCCUGAGGUACCGCCUGUGCACGGACCUCGACGGGAGUGCCUCCCCUGAACUGCGCUCAGGCCACACAGGGCUGGAGGUCUUCCUCAGCCCCGUGGUCGACCUCGCGCCGACCUCGUUGGCGGCCAUGGCUGCUCACUCCCUUGCGCUCACGUGCCGCGGCGACUGGUGUGCCAAGAAUGCCUCUCGAGGCUUCCUGGCCGCCCAGUGUUCCGGCUGGUCGGCGCCGGACAACGCCACCUGCUCCAGCGCCAGCACGGCGACCUUGCAGCAGGCGCUGGCGUCCGGAACCUUCCCGUCGUCACCCGCCUCCUCGCUGGAGGCGCUGGGCGGCGACCUCUUCGGGCUGCAGGUCAACGGCUCCUGCCUAACGCCAGGACGCUACCGCCUCUGCCUGCUGCUGGCGCCCGACGACCCCGACGGCGACCCAGCCGAAGCGGAGGACAGCGGCUGGGAGGUGACGGUGUCGCCGUCCAGCGCGGCCUGAGGCCCCCACGCCAGACGGCGCUGCGCCGGCCUUCCGAAGGCGGUCCUCCCGCAGGCCCUGCAGCGAGAGGGCGUCGGCGCCAGCGGCCCGCGGGCGCGCCCCAUGGGUCGGAUGCCGCCAGCCGCCCCCCGCCCGCGCGGCGCCUGCGGGCGUUUCACGUCUCACCCCCGCUGCGACGGCCCCCCCUCCCCUCUCACUCCCCCUGUCCCUCUGUCUAUCCCCCCCUCCUCCAGGGUCGCUCCGACUCCGCCCGUCCGCGGGCCGCGUUUCUCCGGCCCACUGCCGCUGAUCCAGAUGUUACGUUGGGCCGAGGCGCGAA